AUGUCGCAGCCGCGAGGCAUGGAAGACGACUCGGGUCACACGGCCAGGAACAAAUCUGCCCAUCCGCCUUUGAAUAGCGGUCUCAUCCCCCGGGAUUAUCUCGCGCGAUCAGACAUGGCGCGCUCCGGAGCUGGCUCCCGCCAUAUCUCACCUUCGCCUCUACACACCAGCUCGCUCCCACAAUCCUUUCUUCACGAGGACUCGCCCUCUUCCUAUAGCCCGCUUUCGCCCAGGUCCAGUGCCAACGCGUCUCCUUCCCAGAAUCGGUCGCCUAUUUCCCGUAUGGUGAAUGCGCCAUUCCCCGUGCCUCCCUCCAGCUCGGCCCAUCCUGUCGCUCAAUCCUCGAACAUAUCGAAUACGGGGACGGCGGACAUGGCCAACAGGCCGGGUGACAAAAAUUCACCUAAGCCGCCAGGCGUGGCCGAGCCCGAUCGUUCCGCAUCAUCGUCUGUGAGCUCUAUUUUGUCUGCGCCCGGUGACCAUCCGACGCACCGCAUCAUGCCUCGCACUUCCUCUAUCGAUUCGGCCAUUUCAUCCUUAUCCUCCGCCUCUCAAAAAUCGACAUUCGAUGCCAAUGCUUUGAGUCCAGCGGAUAUCAGCAACCUCAUUAAUGCUGCUGGUUCCGCGGAGGCUGUCAUUGUUCACCUCCUGAGAGAGAAGCACCAAGCCGCCUCUCAAAACUCGCAACUCUGGAAGCUGGUUGAUAAACAACGCACCCUUAUACUGGGACUCAACAAAGACCUAGAAUGUGCUUUCAAGGAGAAAGAAAAGUAUAAGAAGAAGCUCAAAGAGUUCCAGGACACGGCACCUCCGCUAUCAACCACUGAUCUAUCCGUACCGCGAACCGCCCUGACCGAUGUCGAUCAUUCGGAUGUGGUGCCAGAGCUCGAGAACAAGAGCAAACCGCGUCGGAAUGAUCAGCCAUCCGUCGUCCCACCCUCUGCGACGCCCGGUAUUACCCUUGAAGGCAUAUCCGAUUUCGGUCCCGCAGCCGACGUCUCGUCCUCAGUCGCAGGCGAAACACAGCGACUACCACAGCCGAACCGCAAGCCACCCCCUGCACCGCUGAAUCUACGACCAGGUGACACUCUGCCAGGGCCUGCAGAACCGGACUCCGAAUCCGAUUAUGGCGAUACGCAGGAAGCAGAUGGACGGCCAAGCGUGGACCGUGGGAGAAGAAAGACGCGAGAAGAUGACGACCGAGACCGCGAGGUUGGCUUGCAAAAAGAAGUAGAUACCCAUGGCGCCGUUGGAGCUGCCACGUUUGAGACCACAUCUCAGAGCUCACCGGAUACUGCUACAUCUGCUAGUCCGGCGGCGAUCCCUCGUGAAUUUGCAACGAGAUCGCCGCCAGGUAUGAGCCAGUCUGGCUCCUUCGCCUCCAUUACGAAUUCUCGAGUUAAUCCCCCCACUUCAAAUGGACAUCAAAAUGUCACGAUGCCCAAGAGCCCCGGCCUUCCAUUGAGUCCAAGGCCUGAGGAUCGGCCCAUUGGCUCGCCCUUACCUCGGAUGCCCAGAGACAUGUCUGCGGGUUAUAAUCCCUCAGGACUGCCCAUUUCUCCGAGAGCUUCAAACUAUCCAGUUCCAUUUCAGCCUGGAGAUUAUCAACCUCUGACCGGGAGGCCUGGAGGCCCAAUUCCAUCAAUCGAUCCAACCGUCAAGGUAGACAGUCCAAGAUCACCCGGGUUUCCAGAAAGCAGUAUAUACCAGGGCUUAGUUUCAGAGGAAUACCCCGGGCUGCUUCUGCCCCCGAAUGCGCUCCCUUUGAUCCAAGUCAGGGUAUCUUCGUCACGGCUUCGACCUUCCAGAAAUAGCUACAUGGUAUCCAAGCCCCUGGACGAGGAACCUGUCUUUACACUCAGUGUUAUUUCUCGAUCUGAUAUGGUUGAGCUUUGGCGGGUCGAGAAGAUCAUUGCUUCCCUGCCUCAAUUGGACCAUCAAGUCAGACAACUCGCCUCAUUUUCCGGCAGGUUGCCCGAUCGCAGCAUCUUCAGUGGUCAUUCACCUGCCAAAGUGGAUGCCCGGCGUGCUGCGUUGAAUGCAUACUUUGACAGUCUCUUGGACACGCCUAUGGACGAGAAAGCUGCAGUGGUCAUUUGCCAGUUCCUCACAAAUGAUGCCAUUGAGCCUCGAGAUGAUGAGACGAGCUUGCUCAAAGGUCAUGGCCAAGUAAAGCCAGAUAUGCUUCGGGGCCCAGACGGGAAACCUCGAAAGGAGGGCUAUCUCACCAAGAGAGGUAAAAACUUCGGCGGCUGGAAAGCCCGAUACUUCGUUCUCCACGGACCCGAUCUGAAAUACUUUGAAUCUCCCGGUGGCCCUCACAUGGGUACUAUCAAGCUUCAUCAUGCACAGAUCGGCAAACAAUCACAGAAUCCCACUAGCCAGAGUCAGUCACCCCCAGGUGCUGAUGAGGACUCUGACAACCAGUAUCGGCAUGCUUUCCUUGUUCUAGAACCAAAGAAGAAGGAUUCAUCGGCGCUCGUCCGGCAUGUGCUUUGUGCGGAAAGUGACGAGGAGCGUGAUACAUGGGUUGAUGCCCUGAUGGCAUAUGUCGAGGCACCUUCCUCAGACAAUGAGAGCCGUGGCAACUCUUCUUCAAGGAGUCAACCCCAGAGUCAGUCAAAGCAUUCUUCCGGCACUACGCCAAAGCCCAAAUUGCUUCCCAACGAGGGGAGCAAGCGAUCUGGCAGAGGAGUUGAAAGCCCCGAUCAGGACGCCGGGGGAUCUGUCCAGGGUUUCAGCUUUGACGACACUGUUGCAGCUGAGCCUCCUAUACUGGGAUCGUCUCUCGAGCAGGCCCCUCGCUCCCCCCGUAUUCCGGCCGCUUUAUCGACAGACUUCCGAGAGCUGAACCAAAGCCCCGUCGAGCCACCGCAGUCUCCCAAGAUCAUCUCUGCGCCUACGAAUGGUGCAGUGAUUCAAGAUGUGGGAGCUUGGGGCAAUAAGCCCACAUCAACAAAGGAAAAGAAGCGCAGCAUCUGGGGAUUCCGCACACGAUCUUCCUUCGACCUUGCUUCGCAGGCCUCCGUCGAUGUGUCUACGGCGAAUAAUAACAUUCAAGCCGAGCGGAGAGAGCAUGUCAAGCCGGUCUUCGGCAUUCCAUUGGCUGAGGCUGUGCAGGAUUGUGGGCCCUACGGAAUCGAUGCGGAGCUACCGGCCGUCGUCUAUCGCUGCAUUGAAUAUCUUCAAGCAAAGGGCGCAGCAUCGGAGGAGGGUAUCUUCCGCUUGAGCGGCUCCAAUGUUGUGAUCAAGGCGCUGAAAGAACGUUUCAAUACAGAAGGAGACGUGGACUUCUUGGCUGGGGACCAGUAUUACGAUGUCCAUGCUGUGGCUUCUCUUUUCAAACAAUACCUCCGAGAACUCCCCACUACGGUGUUGACGCGGGAGCUUCAUCUGGAUUUCCUCCGUGUCCUCGAACUCGAUGAUCGGCAGAAUAAGAUCAUUGCCUUCAACUCCCUAGUUCACCGGUUACCGAGGCCAAACCUAGCAUUGCUGCGAGCACUGUCUCUUUUCUUGAUCGAGAUUGUCAGUAACUCUGAUGUGAACAAGAUGACGGUCAGGAACGUCGGCAUCGUCUUUGCUCCUACUCUCAACAUUCCGGCGCCGGUGUUCUCGAUGUUCCUUACCGACUUCGACAGCAUUUUCGGCGACGACUCCGGUUCCAGUCCAACAUCUGUGGAGCUGACCGUUGACCACAGUCUGUCACCGGGUGAUGUCCGUUCCCCACGUCAUCAAAUGUUUUCAGAUAUACCGACUCCCUCGUAUAACCAGACCUCAUUCCGAGGCUCGGACGAUGCGCCUACCGGCCUUGACCAUUCUCGUGCCCCCGAUGAAGCUGGUUUUGUUUCAAUGCAGCCCUCUUACGACCAGGCGGGUUACAAACAGGACAUGUAUAGUCAACCUGCUGGAGCCUCUGGUCCAUUCUCUUCUCUGAAUGGCAUGCUGUCUCCUAGUUCGGAUGAUUCUCGCGCAGCCAAGGCAAAGAGGCGAGAAAGCUCGAUGCUUUUCAUGGACCACACACCGGAAGACCUCUCCUUUCACCAAGGCAAAUAA